GGCCACACGAAAACAUGGCGAACAUGGAAGCGACGAAGUCUUUGAGCGGUCUGUUGAACGGAAUAUCUCAAAUGGUUUAUUACAACAACAGGGAAAUCACAGAGGAGCUGCUGAAAGAGCAGCUGUACCCGGAAGUGACGCAGGAGGAGUUCAAGGCUUUACACGAUAAAAUGAAAGCGCUGCUGAAGUCCAUGGCCACAGCAGACAUGGACCACGGCCAGCUGGAGGCCUUCCUCACGGCUCAGACCAAGAAGCACGGUGGCAGUGGGGUCAGCGCCGAGCAGGCCGCCGCCCUCUCCCGUUUCUGGAAGAGCCAGCGAGUCCGAGUGAGGGACAGCUUGUUGGCUCAGAGCCGCUGGGAGCCCGCUUUCAGGGGCCUCUCCUGGAGGGUGGACCUCCAGGCCGCUGACAGCCACGGGAACACCGAUCACAGCAGCCCAGUAGCCCUCAUGGAGCUGGAGCUUGGCAGAGCUGGACAG